GUAUGGAAGACGACGAGUUGAUCACCUUAUUCCAAGCAAUAGGCUUGAAAGAACAACGCGCAAAGGAUACCGUUAAAAAUAAAAAGUUAGCAUUAGCUUUACAGAACACGAUCUCUGAAGCUGGUUUUACUCGGAGUGGCUGCGAUAAAUCAAUCGGCGAUCUUCUUUAUACACUUGCUUCUACUGUGAGUAAGGACGCAUCACCUCACUUGGGUUACCUUGCUCGAGCUAUCAGUGAUAACAGACUUACUAGCUCAGAUCAGGUUACCGCUGCUAUAAAAUUUGCUGAAACUGCCAAUGAAGAAAUUAAUGACGAAGAAUUCAACCGAGCUUGUGGUGUUGGUGUUGUCGUAACACCAGAUCAAAUAACUGCUGCAAUUGCAUCACAUUUGGAGGCUAAUAAGGAUGCCCUUAUUUCGGAAAGAUAUAAAUUACUUGGACCACUACUCGCUCAGGCACGCCAGAUUCCUGAAUUGCGUUGGUCCAAUGGUGUCGCCGUAAAAAAUGAACUUGAAAAGCAAGUGAUCGCAAUAAUUGGACCAAAGGAUGAAAGAGAUGUGACUGUUAAAGGAAAAAAAAAAGAUAAAGAACCUAAAUCGACAUCAGUUUCUAAUCAAAAAAUAUCUACCCCGCCGGUCGAAUCCAAAAAGAACUCGAUCCCAAAUAUGUUCUUAGAAGGCGAACUUUCAAAACUUCAUAAACCUGGUGGUAACAAGCAAAUUAAACCAGAGUUGAUGGAGCAACAUUUAAAGGCGACGGGUGGUAAAGUACUUACUAGGUUUCCUCCUGAACCUAAUGGUUUUUUGCAUAUCGGCCAUGCAAAGGCGAUCAAUGUAAAUUUUGGAUAUGCCAAGGCACAUAAUGGACUCUGCUAUCUCAGAUAUGAUGAUACGAAUCCUGAAGCUGAGGAAGAACGUUACUUUGACUCUAUAAGAGAAACCGUGGAAUGGUUAGGAUUCACCCCAUGGAAGAUAACAUAUUCCUCUGAUCACUUUGACAAGUUAUACGAGUUGGCUGUUGAGUUAAUAAAACGCGACAAGGCUUACGCAUGUUCAUGUACACCUGAAGAGAUGCAUGAAAUGCGCGGAGGUGAUAAUGGUGGUGAACGAAAAGAAUGCGUUCAUCGUAAUCGUCCUAUCGAAGAGUCCUUGGCUGAAUUUCAAAAGAUGAAAGAAGGACGGUACAAAGAAUCCGAAGUCACUUUACGUAUGAAGAUGGAUAUGCAAAGCGGGAAUCCUCAAUUUUGGGAUCUUGUCGCUUAUCGUGUUCUCUACACUCCACACCAUCGGACGGGCGAUAAAUGGUGCAUAUAUCCAACAUAUGAUUAUACACAUUGUCUCUGCGACUCUUUCGAAAAUAUAUCCCAUUCAUUGUGUACUCUCGAGUUCCGAAUGUCUCGUGAGUCUUAUUAUUGGCUUUGUGAUGCACUUGAAGUCUAUAAGCCU